GCUGCCUGUCUAGAGUACCUCCAGCAUGUGCAGGCAUAUUACUCUGUUCUUGUUCAGACUGACGCCCAAGCUGUGUAUGCCAGUGAUUGCAGACCGCAAUGGAUCAUAUUACAGAAAUGCUGCGGGUGUGGAUAACACUGUGCCUCAUGUGGCGAGGAACAAGCAGCUUCAUGAUCCACAACAACAUAGAAAACCUGUGUCUUGAGGACUCGCUCGAAGAUGCUGGAGUUCAGUUAAAGAGAUGCAGCAUGGACUCAGAGCUCCAGCAAUGGAUCUGGACAGAGCGGAUGUUCCUCAUGAAUGUACACACACAAAGGUGCCUCUCUGCCCUCCAGAGUGACUCAAUCCAGACUCUUGAAUGUGAUGGUGAAAAAUAUUUGCAGUGGCAGUGUAUGGAUCAUAAGCUCAUCACCAUGAGUCACUCCCUGGAGCUAGGUGUGGAACGAGGAAGCCUGGCUCUGAUGAACACAGGGAAAAGCACCAGGUGGAAGUCUCUGGAUCAAGGAGACAUCUGUCAGGAGAAGUUGAGAUCCAGAAAGCAGCGUGAGACAGAGUUUCUAGAGGACAGCAUGACAGAGGAACAGAGAGAGUAUCUCAGGUGGUACUACCGCACUGAAGAUGCAACACCCUGGAAGUUUGCCAUGCUGGGCUUGUCUCUCGUUGCUCUGCUUUUGGGGUGUGUGCUCUGCGUCAUGGGAUUGAUGAGUAACAAACAUCGGCGAGAAUUAGCCAAGUACAAGACCGCCACCGCUGCGUCUCCUGCCAAAGAGAAAGUGGAAAUGGAUGAGCUUCAAAUUAUCACUGUGACCAAGGAGAACAAAGACUCCUACACUGAUCCAACACAAGAUACACAACUGAACAGCAAAGCAACACUGGAGGAAGCUAGUGAGAUGGUUCCACUGAACCCUGGUGACAUUAUGGUCAUGUGGAAGGACGGAAAUGUCUCCAAACUGUACUCUGAUUCUAAAGAGGAGGGUGAGGGGGACGAGUGAUGUGGGACUGAGAGACAAAACAAAUUCACAUUUUCUUACCUUGAAUUCUUAUAAAAAUGUACAAAGAUUAAAAGGCUGGUUAAGAGAUUAGGAGUUUCUUUGUUCUACCAAGCUUGAUUCAACACAUAAUGGCCUCACAAUAGACCAGUCAUAAAGCCCCUCACAGUUAGUUACUGAUGCCUGUCAAGCCUAGAAAUAAUCUAUUUUUCUUUAUCGGAUUGAUUUAGCUUUCUGUAAAAACACUUCAGGUUCACCUUAAUGUAUUUUAAUACAAUACCAUCUAUAGUAACAGCUUAUACACAGGGACUAGUAUAGAUGCUCCACAUAAUCUAUACAAGACUAAUUAUAACCAAACAUGUCCUAUUUAACAGGAAAAACAUCCAGUAGCUCUCUGCAAUAAGACAUUCGUGGAAGGAGUCUGCAAUGUCAGGACUUUGUAGCAAUCAUUUUUCUUCAGGACCAGUGACUUUUUGCAUUUUUCUCGUUAACAUGACAAGCUGUGUUUUUGUUUGUUGGUUUGUUUGUUUUUACUAACUUGAUUCAUUGACAUUAUAUGCCAUUAUAAAAGGAUGAAAAGAAUUUCCUUCAUGGGAUCAAUAAAGUCUAUCUAUCUAUCUAUC